CUAGGUCAUUGAGAUCGUUUAUGAAGAAAGGAAAAAAAGAAAAAACAGAAACGAAGCCGAGUCAGCAGAAUGGAGAGAGCAGUCCUGUGGUCUACAGGCGGGCUUUACAAUACUCGUCAGCGUCGGGUGGUGGUGCAGGCACGCGAAGCACGGUUGGCUCACCGGAGCGCGCAGAUCGGUACGUGUAUGGAGGUUCAGUGACGCCGCUGCCACGGUCGCGCUUCCAGGAGCGUCUGCGCAGUCCUAGCCAGCACGAAGUCAACUCCAUCAGCACAACGCCACGCAUGGCCCGCAGUGAUAUAACGGGCUCGCGGCUAAGCGUGGAGAGUACCAACCCCUUCGAUGAGUGCCCCGUGCCGCCCGUGCGCGCCUCACGACGCAAGAAAAAGCGCGCGCCUCUGCCCCCGCCAACCACUGCCACUUCUGACGUAACGGUGGAACAAACAGAGUUGAGAAUAACUGAAACGGACGAUCAACAAAAACAAAAUAAUAAUGCUGAAGAAGAAAUAGAAAAUGUUAAUCUGAAUAUUGAACUCAAAAUAGUCGAAGAUGAAGAUGUUCAGAACACAAUUAUGGAGACAAGUCCUACCACAGUCGAAGAUAUAUCAACAGCGACAGUUUCAGAAAAAAUCAAUGAAACAGAAAACAAAAUCGAAGCUACAAACGAACAAGUGAACGGCAAAGAUGAUGAAAUAAGCAAAGUAAAAAGUGCCGAUUCUGAAGAUGAUAUAUUGAACAAGGUGUCGUUUCCCAAAAUCGAUAUAAAUAAAUAUAGAAGAAAUUCAAGCGUAAAUGAAGACGAUAUUAGAUUGAGGAGAGGUAACUUAGAAGACUUCCAUUCUUUAUCCAAUAAAAGGAGCAAAAGCUUAACUAAUGCUCUGGAUGGAUCGUACGUGUCUUACGAUAUAAACUUAAAUGAAGACAAAAGUAACAUAGACGUGAACAGCAAUGAAGAACCUCAGAUAGUUGUAUGCAAACUUUACGAUGAUCCGAGAAAACAUAGCAUCGAUAAAUCUAUUUCAAGUACAGAAAAUGAAUUUAUGGAAAUCGACAAAGCUACAAGGGAACUAGAAAGGGAGAUCAGUAAGUUAAAUUCUGCUUUACACGAAGAAGAUAUAACACUACAAGGAACGCGACUUUCAGUCUCGGAUAUAAGGAGGAAAUUUGAUAAACCUGACGUUUCAUCACCAAAUCCAAUACCAAAGCCAAGAAGAAGUCACUACGGCGACACGCAAUCAACUGCUAACGGAAAUAUACAAAUAUGAGUUUUGUAACUUUGAAAUCGAUAUUUAUAAAACAUUUUAUAUAAUUGGAUCUCAGGCAUAUAUGCAAUAUUGUACAUUUUGUCUGCUCUUAGAAAUAAAUUGGGUCCAAGUCAACACAAAUGAAACAUUAAUUUCCAAUUAAUCUAUGGCAACAUUAUAUCAUAAGUUACCAUUUUAUUAUUUAUGGCUUUUGACGUAAACAUUAAAAAUGUAGAAAUAAACUUUCCGUGUUUUAGCCUGAUAUAAAUUUAAUAAUACUUGUCAAAGUAAAGUUUUUAUAUUUUGUUUUU